GAGCCACGUGCUAAAUGUGCUAACGCCUGGUGUCGACUGGCAGUGGCUAAAGCAAAAUCCCUAACGCCAGCGCAGUGCCGGUGCGAAGUUGAAAUUUUUGUUGAAAAUUUUGUUAUAGGAAAAAAAUCGCUGCUAGCCGAGCAGUACUCGUGAACGGCGCUAUAACUCACAUUCGGGAAGGGAAGGGAAACAUGAGCAUGAGCAUGGCACCGGCCACCGUCCUCCAGUUGUUGCGCGGCCUGACCACGCCGCGCGUUCUCACCCGAUUCCACCAGCACCGCGCAUUGGGUAAUCACCAUAACCACCACAACCACCACCACAGCCAACACCACCGACUGUCCACUGGCACACCGCUGCCGUCGGCAGCUCCACCGGCCCUCUGCCCCAUCCUGCACACUGCGCGCCGCCACAGCAGCACUGCCAAGCAGGAAGCAGCUGAAGGAGCCACUGGUGCCACCGCGGCGGCCCCGUCUCCCGUCUCGAAUGCCCCGCUGCUGGCCAAGCUCUUUCCCCAGACCUCGCCAGAGGUGGACACCAACGCCGAGCAGGAGCGCCAGAAGCGCGAGGAGGAGGAGGCUAAGGAGAACGAGCGCGCCUGGAAGCGCAUGAAGCUGGGUUUCGCAAUCUUUGGAGGCGGCGGCGUUGCUGCCGGACUGUGGGCCGUGUACGAGUUUGGAAAGCCCGAGCUGGAUCCCAACGGGCAGACGAUCGAGGACGAGUUCACACACAAGCCGCUGGUGCAGCAGUAUCUGCAGCGCAUGUGGAAGAGCAUUCACUACUAUCAGCGCAUGAUACAGGAGCCGUCGCGGGCCAAGCUGCUGCCCGAUCCGCUCAAGCCGCCGUAUGUGCAGCCGCGCUAUACGCUUGUCCUGGAGAUGAAGGACGUGCUGGUGCACCCGGACUGGACAUACCAGACUGGCUGGCGCUUCAAGAAGCGUCCCGGCGUCGAUCAUUUUCUCGCCGAGUGCGCCAAGGACUUUGAAAUUGUUGUCUUCACUGCCGAACAGGGCAUGACCGUGUUCCCAAUUUUGGACGCCCUUGAUCCCAACGGGUACAUUAUGUACCGCCUGGUCAGGGAUGCCACGCACUUUGUGGACGGACAUCAUGUCAAGAACUUGGACAACCUCAAUCGCGACCUGAAGAAGGUAAUAGUUGUUGACUGGGAUGCGAAUGCCACCAAGAUGCAUCCGGACAACACAUUCGGCUUGCCCCGCUGGCAUGGCAAUGACGAUGAUGGCCAAUUGCUGGACCUCAUCGCCUUCCUAAAGAUUAUUGCGCAGAACAACGUGGACGAUGUGCGUGAGGUGCUGCACUACUAUCGCCAGUUCGACGAUCCCAUCAAUCAGUUCCGGGAAAACCAGCGCAAGUUGGCUGAACAAAUGCUGGAGGCGGAACGCAUCGAGCAGUCGAAGACCAAGCCCAUGGUCAAGCAGUGGUCGCGCAGCAUUCUGGGGCGUUAGGAGGCUGGCCACCACGCACACCCCGUUCCAUAAUCAUACCUUAACCUUCCGCCUUGCCCCGGAGCACACUCAGAGAUCGGGACAAGCAACAAACAACCUGCAGCAGCACACUGGCCAUAUUUUUUGUCGACUAAGCGUUAGGAGUAGGCAGCAGGAUGGGAAGGCACGCUCCUUCAUUUGCUCCUUUGGGCGAAGAUGAGGCGC